GCUGCCCAAUUUAAAACCCAGGUCAGACUGUGCCCUGGCUGCCUGGCGAGAUGAAAGAAGUGGUGUUGUGGUCACCCGAGGAGGUGACAAACUGGCUGAUGGAAAACGCCGUUCCGGAGUAUUGUGAGCCGCUGAAGGGCUUCACCGGGCGGGAUCUGAUCAACCUCACGGAGGAGGAUUUUAAGAAGACUCCUCUCUCCCGGGUGUCUUCUGACAGUGGCCAGAGGCUCUUGCACAUGAUUGAAACUUUGAAAAUGGCUGACCACAUGGAGGCUCACAAAAACGGGCACGUCAAUGGGCACGUCCGCGUCGGUGGGAGCAAAACCCCCCGUGAGAACGGCUUCGGCAGCAAACUGAAGCUGAACGGAACGCCUAAUGGGUAUAAGAAGGAGAUGAUAAAGAUCCCCAUGCCAGAGCCAGAGCGCUCACAGUACCCUAUGGAGUGGGGCAAGACUUUCCUGGCUUUUAUUUAUGCACUUUUUUGUUUCGUCUUUACCACAGUGACUAUAUCAGUCGUUCACGAACGAGUGCCUCCCAAGGAGGUGCAGCCUCCCCUACCAGAUGCAUUUUUUGAUCGCUUUGAUCGGGUGCAAUGGGCUUUUUCUAUCUGUGAAAUCAACGGCAUGAUCCUUGUAGGACUGUGGUUUGUUCAGUGGCUGCUCUUAAAAUACAAGUCUAUAAUUAGCAGAAGGUUUUUCUGUAUCGUUGGCACACUGUACCUGUACCGCUGUAUCACCAUGUAUGUGACUACACUCCCAGUACCUGGCAUGCAUUUCAAGUGCUCUCCAAAGCUUUUUGGAGACUGGGAAUCUCACCUGCGAAGGAUAAUGAAGUUGAUUGCUGGGGGAGGAUUGUCCAUCACAGGGUCCCACAACAUGUGUGGUGACUACCUGUACAGCGGGCACACCGUCAUCCUCACGCUCACCUACUUGUUUAUCAGAGAGUAUUCCCCUCGGCGACUCUGGUGGUAUCAUUGGUUUUGCUGGGCACUCAGCAUGGUUGGGAUGUUCUGCAUCCUCCUUGCUCAUGACCACUACACUGUGGACGUGGUGGUGGCUUACUACAUCACUACAAGACUUUUCUGGUGGUACCACACAAUGGCCAACCAGCAAGUGCUAAAAGAAGCUUCCCAAACAAACCUCCUUGCAAGGGUCUGGUGGUACAAGCCCUUCCAGUACUUUGAAAAGAAUGUCCAAGGAAUCGUACCUCGUUCCUACUACUGGCCCUUCCCCUGGCCGGUGCUGCACCGGGGCAGGCAGGUGAAGUACAGCCGCCUGCUGGGUGACACAUAGCGGUGUGUCCGGGGACAGCGAGGGGAAAGGACCUGUCCCAAGUGCUAAGAACUCCAGAAGAGAAGAUGCCAUAAAAAAAAAC